CCCGGCUUCACAUCAGCAAUGCGACAAAGCAACGAGGUUAUUUGCGCAAGAAAAGGGCCUGUUGCCAGCAAAUAUUCCCCUGUGUUAGACCGAGAAUCGGCGAGCUGCUACUAAUAAAGACGUUUGGCAGAUGCGGUGCAGACGGAGAGUCAAAUACCCGAGGCUCCCCCAGAGACAGAGACGGAGACAGACUUCCUAGAUCCAACGGCUCUUCAUCAUCAACAGCUUCAUUAUCGACAAGUAAUCCCGUUUCUCUCACCGGGACCAUUAGCAUCUUUCAACUUGGUUUGAGACCGAGCCAUCUCAACAUGACCUUCUUCCCCCGCCACGACAUGACCGACAUGGACUCCGACUCCAGCUCGUCCAACUCGUCCUCCGACUCCCACUCCACCGCCAGCAUGAUGACCAUGAUCUUCCAGACUCAGCGGGAAACGCCCCUGUACGCGUCCUCGUGGACGCCCUCCAGCGCCGGCGCCUACGCCGGCACCUGCAUCUUCCUCGUCGUCCUCACCAUCAUCGGCCGCCUGGUGCUCGCCUUCAAGGCCGUCCAGGAGGCCCGCUGGCUCGACCGCGAAGCUGCCCGCCGCUACGUCACCGUCAACGGCAAGAUCCCCCUCGCCGAGCAGAUCUCCGUCAACCCAGACGCUCGCCAGAUGACCCUCUCGGCCAACGGCGCCGAGGAGACCGUCAUGGUCGUCGAGCGCAAGCGUGGCGUGUCGCGGCCGUGGCGGUUCAGCGUCGACCCCAUUCGCGCGCUCCUCGAUACGAUCCUUGCUGGAAUCGGAUAUCUGCUCAUGUUGGCCGUCAUGACGAUGAACGUGGGCUACUUCAUGUCGGUGCUGGCCGGUGUCUUCAUCGGCAGCCUGGCAGUCGGUCGAUACACGCAAGUGACAGAGCAUUAGAUGAGACUGAGCCACGACUCGCCAUAACCUUUCGAUUUUUUUUCAACAGCAUCAUCUACAACAUACAAAGAGGUUUUGCGCAGGCGUAAUGGGCCUCUGUCAACGAGCGGGCAUUCUAGGCGUUUAUGAGAUUUUGGCGGAUACACACGGCUUUGUCGCCUGGGAGACAAAUGCGUCAUGCGAUACGGCAGAACAAUCAAUCAACCAAUUGAACUUUCAAUUAAAC